AUGCUCCCUUCUUUCAGCUUCAAGACUGAGGAAGCCUCUGUUGCUUCCGCCAACAAGCGCACUCCCUUCUCUCCCAUUGGCAGCACUUCUGGUUCCCGUCUGGCUCAGCGGCAGUCCUCCGGCGCUGCCGAGCAGAAGGCUCGUCCUCAAGCUUGGGUUGACACUCCUCAGCUCAUCUACUCUGAGUGGAACAAGGCUGCCGGCGACAUCAACCAGCCUCUGGGCACCCUACCCUCCAACUUCUCGAUCGGCCUCGUUGGCGCCGGAAUCACCAACGUGGUUCUGGCUUUCAACCUGGCCAAGGCCGGCGCAGAUGUCACUUUGAUUGAGGCAACUGAUAGCGUCGGAGGCCGACUUCGAUCCCUCCCCACGGCUGACGGAGUCAACGUGGCGGAGAUGGGUGCGAUGCGCUUUCCUCCCUCGGAAGACCUUCUUUACUACUACGCCAACGAGUUCAACUACACUUUCAUCCAGAACUUCCCUGACCCCGGCAAGGUCCCUACCAUGGUCUACUACCAAGAGAAGGCUACUUCUUGGACCGACUCCAACACGGCCCCGACCGGCUUUGAGAAGGUCAACAACGGCUGGGUCCAGCUCAUCUCGAAGGGUUUGACUGGUGGCAGCAGCACUUUGGCCGCAGGAAGUCAGAUUACAACCUGGCUCUCCUCCAACGACACGGCCACACGCAACCUUGCAGUCCCAGAGUGGCAAAAGUACCUGGACACUUUCGGUGAUGACAGCUUUUACACUGGUCUCCUCCGUAUCUUCGGCGAUUGUUGCGAUGGUCACGAAUGGGACGUUCCGAGCGGCGAGGUCUGGACCGAUGAUGACUUCCAACGCUUCGGCACCUUGGGAAUCGGCUCUGGCGGCUUUGGCGCUGUCUACUCUGCCGGAUUCAACUCCGUUUUCCGCUUGGUCGUCAACGGCCUCGAGUCAGACCAAGCUGUCUUUGCCAAGGUUACCGACUCAGGCCUGCAACCUGCCGGUAUUCGGGAUCUUGCCCAGACAAUCUGGGAAAAGGCGACCGAGCUUGGUGUCAAGACCAAGUUCUCAACUGUCGCCGAAGUCACCAGUGGCGGCGGUGAUGCCCUCGGCGGCCUUGCUGUUGGUGUGAGAGAGACUUCUGGAGGUGCUUCCACCAAUAUCGACUACGAACUUGUCGUCGUCGCAACUAGCAACUGGGCUAUGAACUACGCCUUUACUCCAGUCUCGGAGACCACCGAGGACCCGAUUAUGCCAUUGGAAGUUCAGAGAGCCAUCAACGAUCUCCAUAUGACCGCCUCAUCCAAGCUCUUCAUCCGGACUAAGAAGUUCUGGGAAACUCAAGGGGCUGGAUUCCCUCGAGUUAUUCUUUCGGACACGAACUUGCCGCAGACGUACACCCUGAAAUACGGACACCCCGACUACGGCAUGGUCCUCGUCACUUAUGCCUGGGAGGACCUUUCUCUGCAGAUGACGGCUAUCUCGGAUCCCAAGGAGCUUCUCACGGAGCUCAAGAUGCAGAUUGACAGAAUCAUGCAAGAUUCCGACUUCCCUGAGUAUGCGAGCCUUCUCGAGCCCGUCACUGACGACGACAUUUACCUUAUCCAUUGGCCUCUUGACCGCUACUCGUACGGUGCUUUCUCUCUGGGAUUCCCGGGGCAAGAUGUCAGCAUUGAGUCUCUUUUCUGCGAUUGGGAGAGAAUCAACCAGACCCAGAAUUCGCGGGUUCUGAUCAACAGUGAUUGCACUUCGUUCCUUGGUGGCUGGGUAGACGGUGGUCUCCAGCCAGCUCACAACACUCUUUCGGCAGCCCUGGAAAAGUUUGGAACUUUGAACUCAGCGGCUUCUCAUCUGGCACCUUCUGCACUUCUUGGCUCUGGCUUGUACCAGUAUUAG